AUGCCGCCUCUUCCAAAGUUCGUCGCUUCAACUGCUAGUGACCCAAAGUACUUGAAGCAUAAACGUCGGUACUGUCGGAUUGAGGGCUGCGCACGCAUAGUGAAAUCGCAAGGACUAUGUCAAAGACAUGGAGCCAAACCGAGGAAAUGCAAGGUGGAUGGCUGUGAGAAACAGGCUCAAGGCAAUUUUGACCGUAUGUGCAAGUCACACUUCAAGGCCAUGAAGCGAAUGACAACGCCCUUGCCGAAGGUCGACAAUACUGAGGCUCCUCCCCCUCCACAUGGCUGUAGCGUCUAUGACGACGUCUUGCCUUCUAGCAUCUGUUACAUCCCAUCACUAGAGACAGUAAUGCCACUAAUAAGGCAUCUCAAAGCAGGCUUUGAUGAGCUAAAACCUUCCGCAUGGCAUCGCAAUGAGGAAAGGAGGGCUCGAGGAAUGUUUCCCGUCGACAAUCCGGCCACGCAACUCGAAGGGUGGGAAAGGGAGCUUGUUUGGAUGGAGAUACUCGUGCUUACUGGCGCCCCAAAGGCCUCUUUCAGGCAUUUGGCACGAGCCUGGGGGCGUGAUAAGGGCUUUCAUAUGGUGCUUGCUCAAUUCAUAUGCGAACGUCAUGGAGAUGUCAGGCGAAAGCGACGGCAAGGGGAAAAGGAAGAAGAUGGCGAGAAAAAGUCUGGAAUGAAAACUCGAAUAACAGGAAAGAACAAACUUAGCUCAGGAAUGAUAUCCGCGGAUAUAUGGGAUGACUCGUGUUACGGUGAUGCCGACACAAACGAGGCACUCGCAGCGGAUAUAUUCAACUUCUCGGCCCAAGAGUUUGAGAAUGUAUCUUCAAAAUGGAAAGGGGCUUAUAAGGAUUUGUCGUCGGGGUCAUCACUUGGUGCGCCAAGUAUGGCAUCGCUACCACAUACGUCUCUUUUAGUGGAGAGGGGGAAAGAACCGGCACCUGUUGCCACUACUCCUUCUCGAAACUUUAGUCAUCCUCUUGAAAUGGCUGGUGCUGUUGCUUCGCAAUAUCUUCUUCGUUACCAACAGCAAGCUAUUCCAAAUCUCACGGCGCAGAGCAUACAAGAGUAUCCAGAAAUUCAACACGCUCGCUCCGGACAGCAGUAUCGCCAGCAACAAAUUCAAGAUAUCGUUGAGCAGCAGUCGAGUAGCGGAGGAGAUAUGCAGUCUGCACCCGUCAAACCUAGCGAUACAGGACACGGAGACGCCAUUGCAGCCAUGUCGCAACCGUCUACUUUCCAGCAGGUCAGCCAAAUCGCAUCCUUGGAGCGACCUGAAGAUCCGUCAGCUUGA